AAAAAGGAAAAAUAAGAUUGUAUCGUAUUCUAUAUCCCUCCCCAGUUGCCGCCAGUCAGCCAGGCCCAGCUAAGGUUAAAAGGGCUGUGGCCUGAAGAGCAGAGUGAUUGAAGACCAGAGGGCAGCAGAGAAGGGAAGACCAGCGGCGGCAGCAGAAGCAGGAUGAUGAGUCAUUGUCAUAGUAGCUUGUGGGUAAACCCAAACCCGGUGGCGGUUGCGGGAGUGACGAGUUUGAUGCUAUUGAAUUUGAAGAACAAGUUGUACUACAAGAAGAAGAAGAACAACAUAUCCUAUUCCUAUUCCUAUUCCAACUCCUAUUCCUUGUCCCUGUGCUGCGUGGGAUUGAGAGCGCCUAUGGGUUUUGGCUACAGUUCCAGUUGCCUUGAUGAUCAACAUCAGCAGCAGCAGCAGCAUGAUGUUGUCGUCCGGGAUGAUGAGGACGAUCUCCGCUCCUUGUUGCAGAUUCUUCCACAUGAUUUACACGAAAAUCUUCUCAAUGAGCCCAAAAGAGCUCGACUCUUAGAGGUUAUAUUGGAUUUGGGUCGUAUGCCGGAAGCACGCUAUCAUGGUGAACUUGGUGGCCAAUAUUUAAGGAGAACAGUGGUAUCGUUGAAAGAGUUGGAGCAUGCUCAAAAUGCUGUUGGAGAUUUUGGGGGAGAUAACAGAGCUGGCAUUGAGGGUACCUUGCACAGAAUAUCAGCUAUUAAGAGUAGGAAAGGGCUGAUAGUUGGAUUGACUUGCCGAGUUGGGAGGGCUGUAAGUGGUCAGAUUGACAUGCUUUAUGAUAUGCUUCAAUAUGAGAAGAGCAUCUUGUUUGUUGGAAGGCCUGGGGUUGGCAAGACCACUGUAUUGCGCGAGAUUGCUCGUGUCUUGUCAGAUGAAUUUCACAAAAGAGUGGUAAUUAUUGAUACAAGCAAUGAAAUAGGAGGGGAUGGAAAUAUUCCACAUGCAGCAAUAGGAGGAGCACGGAGAAUGCAGGUAACAGAACCAUCUAUGCAACACAAGGUUAUGAUAGAGGCAGUAGAGAAUCACAUGCCUGAGGCGAUCAUUGUUGAUGAGAUCGGCACAGCAGCUGAAGCUCUUGCUUGUCGCUCGAUUGCUCAGAGAGGGGUCAUGCUUAUUGCUACUGCUCAUGGACAGCAGCUUGAGAAUAUACUAAAGAAUCCUACUCUAUCUGAUCUGGUUGGAGGAGUAGAAACUGUUACUUUAGGAGAUGGUGAAGCCAAAGCUAGAAGAUCUCAGAAAACCAUUCUUGAAAGGCAAGCACCUCCAACAUUUGAAUUCUUAAUUGAGAUGAGACAGAGGCACUAUUGGGUUACACAUCAGACAGAAAAGAGUGUAGAUAUUCUGCUUCGUGGCAAAAGCCCACAGGUCGAGGUCAGGAGAAGGGAUAAGAAGUUCAAGGUUGUAAUAGAAAGAUCAAAGUCAUAUGACGAGUGUGAGGCUUAAUACGUGCUUCAUUUUCUUAAGUUUUACAGGAAGAUUCCAAAAUUCAAAUUUGCGGAAACCCUUGUGUUGUUUUUUCCUAAGGCAAGAAGGCUUUGCUUUAGCGAAAAACUCUAAAGAAAGAGAAUAGAAGAGGCCAGAAGAGCCUUUCCCAGAUGGGUGUUCUCUUUGGCAAGUGCGCAAGAUGUGACAGAUUAACUUAGCUAGUUUAACAGGAGAGCAUUAUUAAUGGAUAGAGGGAUGGAGGGAUGGAGGGAUGGAGGGAUGCGAGUAGAGAUCCUAGGUUCGAACCUUCAUGUAAUACUAGUAAAUAAAAGAGGGUACCCAUUUUCGUAGACGUUUAAAAUUUUUCAUUUUGAUAUUGUGAUGAGAGGAGCGAUGAAUAAACAAAGAGCAAUUGGCUGUGGGAAAUCCUUGUGUAAGCAAAAAGGAAUCCAAUG